AGAUUGUUUGAUAUCUUUGAUCCUUGUGUACGAUUCGUGUAUCGCCUGUGUACGUGUUUGUGUGUCUCGUUAAGUAUCAUUCAGUGCCUGCGUUCCUUAACGAGCUUCCCCAGGCCUCGGCCUGUCGCGAGCUCGACCAUCGGCCGAACGGUAUCCUCCGCUUCCGUUCUUCGGGCAGCUGACCGUGAGCCAUCAUCCCGCUGAUGGGUCGCGCGCGUUUCGUAAAACACGCUGAAGAACUUAACUGAACGAAACACCAUUGAAAAUUGGCCGAAAUUUAACAGACACUGUGCCUCCGAAUGCAUGCCUCUACACUCAUACACGCUUGCUACGUCUCACCUCCUGACACACACGGCCCGAUAUACACUGCGAUGCGCAACACGGAUUCUCUCUGCUACAUUAAUUAAUCUGCGUUGGAUCCGCAAUUUCGUGACACGCCUACGGCUUAAUGAAACGGCACACUGGCCUUGCAUGAUUGUUAGCCGAGUCUCACGAUGCACCGUGAAAAAUGUAUAAUUACGAUGCGGAUAUUUUCAUUAUUACGUUGAAAGGAACAAACGUUUUUUUAAAAUAAACCAUGACAGCCUUAUUUUGCUCAUAUUCCCCUCUUGAUUUUGCAUUUUUUAAUUCUAUUAAGAAAUACGUGUUGAUAACGGGUAGUUUUUCGUCUGACCAAUCGUGUAUCAAUACUACUGAGAAUUCUGUUCGUGGAAUAAUUAAAAUACUUCUGUUACGAAGUACAAUAUUUCUGGACAAGUAGUGUCCUAAUUCAUGUCUCACUUAAAAAUACGAAAUUGUCUUAUAAACUUAUUGUUCGAAAUGAUUCCUUGUUUAGAAAUAAUAAAAUCCAGGAACUUGCUUAGUGAAGUUGACAUACUUAAAAAGUUAGAGACAAUGAAAACUGGUCAGACAAAUUUUUUUUAUUUAAUUUCCGUUCUAUUAUAUAUCCCGUUAUUUUUAUUCUUUUUCGGUUAUUAGUUAAAUGUCACCGUCAACUUGCCGCCUGUGCGGGACGACAUGAACAAAUUGCCGUGAAAUAUCACCGACGCCCCAUCGGACUAUACAUUUUUCUUACAACCCGAGUGCAUUGCAACGGAAAUACGAACGGCCGGAGACAGUAGUUGAUGCAUGCGCAAGGAAUCCUCUAACAUACGUGCGAAUUAACCCAUGUUUAAUAAAAGAACGCUGAGAAACUUGUGGGUGCCAGUGGAGGCAUCCGUCAUACUACACUGCACAACUACUAAAACCUGAUAUCUCAUUACCAACAGUUCGAUCCCUACAGAUCUACGUACCAUGCUGUUUGGUUCACCCUCUCGAGAUUCUAUAAUAUAGCCGUCCGACUCUUUCCAUAUCCUUUGACCUUAUUGGGCGGGGCGAGGGUACACCGAAUACCAGCAAGCGACGCCUAUUUGACAGUAUUCAACACGGUAUGUCGCGAGUUUCAACGCGGGGCGUGCAAACGCGGCGAGACGGAGUGCCGGUUUGCGCACCCCCUCGAGACGGUGCAGGCGAACGAGGACGGCUCUGUGACGGUCUGCAUGGACGCUGUCAAGGGCCGAUGCAAUCGGGACCCCUGCCGCUAUUUCCACCCCCCUCUGCACCUUCAAGCCCACAUUAAGGCCGCACAAUCUCGGGCUAGCAUUGCGACGGCUACUAUGCCCACGAACAUGGCGGGGAUGAGCGCGUUGGCUGGCAGCGUAUCAGGAGUGCCGGCAACUGCGGUUCCCGGAGGACUUCAGAGCGCCAGUAUGGCAAGCAUCGAACUCGGCAAGAAGCGGAUGCGCGACUCCAAUGAUGAUCUGCUAAUGAUGGACAUGAAGUCUGUCGGAUCGUUCUACUACGAGAACUUUGCCUUCCCAGGAAUGGUUCCGUAUAAACGACCGGCGGGCGACAAGUCCGGCAUGCCGGUCUAUCAGCCUACCGGCGCGACGACCUAUCAACAGUUAAUGCAGCUGCAGCAGCCGUUCGUGCCUGUGUCAUGUGAGUACACUGGAACACCACCCCUACCCACCCAAACCUCUAACCAAUCGGUCGUGCAACCCUCGAACGUGCAAAGCAACCACCACGCGGUGGUGGUUCAGUCCUCUUCCUCCUCCCAGGGAACCGGCGGCGUCACAGUCAAUAACUGCGCCGACGCCAACAAUGGCGUGCUGAUGGAUCCCUGCAACAACCCACCGCCACCACCUCCAACCACCGAUAAUAACAGUAACAAUAGUAACGGCAAUAACAAGCAGCCGAAUGCGACGCAGAAUCACGAUGCCGAGAACGCGCAUAACUCCCCCGAAUUGAAUCACGCUAGUCCCUCGACGAUUUCGCAACAGCAACAACAGCAGCAGCAGCAGCAGCAGCAACAACAACAGCAGCAGCAAGCGCAGCAGCAACAACAGUUGCAAAAUCAAUUGGCGAUGUCAGUCGCCAACGUGCAGCCAGUGAUGAGCCCGUUGACCUCGGUCGCCGGGAUGACCUCGAUGCCAGGCAUGGUCAGCAUGCCCUCGAUGGCUUCCAUGACGAACGUCCAGUCGGUCUCGAACAUGGUAUCGAACUACCACGCCUCGAACAUGGUCAAUCUUAACAUGCUGAACAGCCUCGGCGGGUUACCCGGUCAGCUCGACCCGGCCGCCCUCGCGAAAGAGGUUGCCCAGAAGAAUUACGCGAAGGCCCUCAAGCUCUCGCAGGCCUCGCAGUCGUACAGUCUCAAUCAGCUGACUGCGUUGAAUUACACGGGCGUCGCGUUAAACAAACAGGCGCUGGUGAAUCCAGCGGCAGCCGGGAGUCAGGCGGUCGCCGGGUUGCAAGCGACUGCAACGACACCCAGACCAAUGAUUCCGAACCUGACCGGGAUUCCUGGCGCCCUAACUUCUCCCCUAUCCGCCGGCAUUCUAGCCUACUCAAGACCGCCGGCCGGUACCCCCAUCAAUCCUUAUUCGCUGAUGAGACAACAGAUCCUACCGAAUCCUUACGUUCAAGCCUCGAUACCAGCCGUUCCUAGUGCGGUCCAGGGCAACCCGUACGUACAGAAUCCGUACACGGUUCUACCGGGUGUGCCCGCGGUCGCGGCCGCUGGCGUAUCGGGCGUCCCGCAAAUAUCGCAGAUUCCAAACCCGGCGACGAUCGCGGCCCAGCCGCAAGUCGCCAUCCCGGUAAGUUCCGGCGUGAUCAUGCAGCCGUACAAAAAGAUGAAGACUUCGUAAGCGGGUCACCCCACCGAUCGACUGCGAACGGGGGACACGUCCGUGUCCCUCUUUUCUGUUUCCGAGCGUUCUGGUUCCUUCUUCUGGGCCCUCUGCGUUCUCUCCUUCGGCCGAGAACGCUGCACGUCAUUUCGCGUCCUCUCAUCCGCGUACCGCGAUCGAGGGGGGAGUUGAGUAUUUCCACGCGUUUGUUUGUCAUUCGUUCGACUUAGAGUCUCGUAGAGUGAGCACAGACUUGGAUAUUGAAUAUUAGAUGACCUAUUUUCUGAUUUAGCGAGAGAAUUAAACCGAUUAGAUGAAUAUACUUAUAUACACGUAUGAUUAGAAUCUAAGGAAUUGAAUACGUAAGAGAACAAUAAACGUGCACGUUCCUGUACGCGAACGGGGGAACAUUCGAGGAGCGAAUGCGAAACGAGGAAUGAAACGUCGAAAUAAGGGAUGAGAAACGCAAACAGACAAACAGACAAACAGACAAACAAAACAAGAGUUCCGAAAAUAGAUUCGUUUUCUAGUCAGACAUUGUCGGUGAACAGUGCCUUAUUGACCCGAUUCCACUUGGAGCGUUUCGAAUCGUGAUGCUUACUCGUGACAAAUAGAAAAUAACGACGCGAAGACUUUUGCAGAUUUCUCAGUUAAUUUCGUUCCCCUUUCGUCCUAAACCGAAUCAUAUAAUUAACAAAACGAUACGAAAAAUAAACGAAACGACCCACGCCUGGCGUUCGUUUCGGCUCGUUUUGUCUCCCCUUUUCUCGUCUUCUUCUUUUUCUUUCUUAUAAAGCAAAGACUUGCCAGUUGUUCAUUCGUGUAUAUUCUUUCCUCUUCGUUCGUCCUCGUUUAUGAAUGUUAUCUUUAUUUGUUUUAUUUUUAAUGACGCGUCAGCGUACCUUUUAAAAAUAGAUUCUCCUUUUAGUGCAUAACGUUUUUUUAAUUAUAACUUUUGAAAUAACUUAAUUAUUUGCCGUCGUGACGGUUCAUUUUACGUAGUAGGUAGGCGAAGUGGUUUAAGAGAAAAGAAAUUUAUAAUAAAAUUUGUUAAAUCGUCUAUGUAUAUCGUGGAGCUCGUCGCCAGGCGACGAUACGAUCUAUUUGUUUCCGUUUUGUUUCGAAUAUUAUUUCGUUUGUUAGUAAAAACUAAAAGUCGUUCCUUCAUCGGUUUAUUAUUAUAAACUCUAUAUCAAUGUUUAUUCUAUAUUACACGCAUAUACAUAUAUAUAUAUAUAUAUUACAUUAUAUUAUAUAUAAUCUAUAUAUUUUUUAUUUUCUAUGCCAAGAUGGACGAAAACGAUGCUCGGCCUAAGUCACUUUACACAACUUGCCUUUUUAAGUCGUAGAAUAUAUAUUAAUUAUGAUCGUUGCAUAUUACUCUUAGUCAGCCGUUGGAGUCCAUUUGUCAGUCGUUAUUAGAUUAAUUUCUCAACAUGAAUACGUAUGUAAUACCGCGCGAUCGGCACGUCGGUCGAUUUUAUUCGCUGCGUCGUCGUUUAUCGUUUCUCAGAUAUAAUUAUCUUUGUCAUACGGUAUAUUUUAAAAAACGGAGAGGGGGCAAUGAGUAGGAUGAAGGGAAGAAAAACGCAGACGAAUUGUUGAACAAUUUCCGAAGUGAUCGCGUUUACGUUGAUAUAAUAAUUGCAGCGUUUUUAUUGUAUUCAAUCGGACGUGUCGAAUUUGAAACGAUCACGUUGACCGGUGUUAAAUCCGCCAGUGUCGUCACUGAACAAUUUCUACCGAUCCGACUUCCGCCCUUUCCAGCUAACGUUUAGAAAUUAAUCGAAGAAACUAUUAUGAUAGUAACGUAUGUUUCCUAGAAACACCUUGCACAUCGAUGAGAUUGAAGCGGAGAACGCCGUCGUGCUCGGGCGAUCCUUGUAAUUCGUAUUAUUAUUAUUAUUA